GCUCAGGGGGAUCAGUGCAGCACUCGUAUCCAGCAUGAAGCUUUAUCUUCCUUCAGCCUGUCAGCUUGCCUUCCUGAGCCUCUGCUGUGUACUGAUCACAGUGAGAGAGUCAGACAGCACGUAUGUCCCGGGAAGAUGUAUGUGUCCGCAGGCCCAACCAGGUGUCAGAGGGAAACUGAAAGAACUCACAGUUCACCAGAAAAGCCCCAGCUGUGACAAAGUCACAGUAAUAGUGGUCCUGAAGAGUAACAAUCGAGUAGUGUGUCUGAGUCCAGUAUCACCGAUGGGCAAACAGCUGAUUCGCUGCUGGAAAAGGAGUCAUAAUCUGGGUCGUGAUGUGACACUGUGCCUGAAGAGGAGGAGGAGGAGGGGGGGAAGAGGAGGUCAGCGCCAGCGACAGAGGAACAGGACCCAGAGCAGGAAAGCCUCAUCCUCAAUCUCCCGAUAGUCAAUCAGCCUGACAAGUUGUCCAAAGUUACUGAGCGGAAAGAUACGUCUAGAUGCUGUUUCUUGCCACACGGUUGACUCCAGGUCACAAGGCUGUUAAAAAACCACAGCACACAAUCACUUUUCUUUAUAAAAGUCACGCAGCUAAGACACCGAGCUCCCCUAAACUGUUGUCCGAGCUAUAAAUCAAACUCUCUUUGUAUGCUAGCCACAGGGGGCUUUUUUCUGUGGAAUGGUGUCACUUUAAAAACUGAGCCCUGGAGGCUUGUCAUAAAUGUUAACAGUUUUAGCUUUAAAAUGCUGUUAACAUAUCGUUAUGCAGUUCUGUGUAUGCAGCUGGAAAAAACUAACUGAGACGUUUUUGUUGGUUAUUUAUUUUUAUAUGAAUAAGAUAAUUGUUUUAAAUUGUGUUUUUUAAAAUAAAUAUAUCAGAAUAACA